CGGAAGGGGUUGGGGGGGACACAAAUGACUGCCGGCUCACGCUAACGGAAGUUUGUUGAGUUUGACGGAAGCGCUGCGGGGAGAGACUCGCCAACUCUGAAGCGCAGCGGCUAAACGAGGAGUUCAUUUUCCAGUGGGAGCUGAAAUGUCUCACGUUAAAGAGUACGCGGACAAACUGACCCGUGUUUAUGAGCGGUACACCGAGUAUGUGAGGAGAAACCCGGCUGCCACAGCGCAGCUGGAGAGCACCGUGCGGACGCUCUCCUACCUGAUCGCAGGGCGAUUUGCAGACUCCCAUGAAAUAUCCGAACUAGUGUACUCUGCCUCCAAUCUCCUGGUGCUGUUCAAUGACAGCAUUCUGCGCAGAGGGCUGAGAUGUGCCCUCCCCGAGUCCCUCUCUCAGCAGAGACUCCUGACCUGGCUGUCUGUGCUGGAGUACGUGGAGGUUUUCCUGGAGAUGGGGGCCUGCAAGCUGUGGGGUGAAGUCGGCCGCUGGCUGGUGAUCGGACUCAUUCAGAUCUUUAAGACAAUUUUUCGCAUUGUGCUCCUUCUGUGGUAUAAAUCCGGCAUCCAGACUUCACCUCCCAUAAUCCCCCUUGACAGAGGUGCAGAACUCAGCGGUGAAGAUGUUGGUAAUGGGCAGCAGCAAGAUGACGCCUGCUUUGUGGGCCAGAGGUCAGGACGAGUCAUUAGGCCAAUGGGUGGUGGUCCCUCCCUGCAGGCCCGGCUGUGGGGAGCCCCGAGUCAGAAGAGGAGCAGCAGCUCGAGGGAGAAGCUCCACAGCAAACCGACACACCUGGGCCUCCAGGAGACCAUCGCCGAGUCUGUCUACAUCGGACGGCCUCUCGUACACUUACUCUGCCUCGGACUCUGCGGGAAACAGUCCUGGAAGCCCUGGCUCGUCUCUGGAGUCCUUGAACUUUCCAGCUUCGCCGUGCUCAGUGAUACCAAAUUUCAAAAUCGAUGGGAGAGGGCUGAGAUGAGGAGGAGAGCCUUCCUUUUGCUCUACUACCUUCUGCGUUCACCCUUCUAUGACAGAUACUCUGAGGAAAAGAUUCUCUUCCUGCUCAGACUCCUGGCUGAUCAUGUUCCAGGAAUAGGGCUUGUUGCACACCCUCUGAUGGAUUACCUUCCCACCUGGCAGAAGAUCUACUUCUACAACUGGGGAUAAAACCUGCUGGAUGCGCUUUGGAUCUUCUGAUUUUUGUGAGGCGUCAGGGGCAACGGUGAGAAAGGGAACUGUCGGGGCCUCAGACCCAGCCACAAAGACACUCGCCAUAAUUCCCCAAUAAUCGGAUCAAAGGAUGUGGAGGUGGCCGCCACGUCAGACUGACGGCCAGCACCGUCUCAGUAACAACAUUCCUUGAUUCAGAAGGCUGUUUAAAAACAACAUGGUUAUCCUGACAUUAUUUUCAACAAUCAGAUUAAUUUUUUUAUUUUUUAUUAUUACAUCUUGUUUCUGACACUACGAACAACUGGUUUGACUAAUGCUAAAGAAAAUAUUUGCCUUAUGAACGCCACGGUUUGAGUUGUUGCUUUAUACCAUUGCCUGUACAGAGAAGAGUUUGCUCUUUGCAUUGACAGUUUGUGAGAUUUGCGGCAGAAUGGUUUUUUUUGUGAACAUUGUCUUAUUUUAUCAUUUCAUUCCAUUCUUGCCUAAAGCUCUUGCAGUGGUUUAUCUGUUGAAGUGUGCAGCAUCGUGUGCUGAGAAAUGAUGUUUCGGUAGCGGCAGGUUAGCUGCAGGGGAGAAAUCUUUCCGGAGAGAACGUAAAAGGAAGCAGCAGCAACCGAGAAGCACAUAAAACUGGAGGGAAACAUUCUCAGCACCUCUCUUUCACCGGCAGACAUCAGAUUUCAAUUUAAUGUGGGAGAGUUUUCAUGCAGAAACACAAACAGCUCGGCUACUCGGCGCCGGUGGAAGCAGAUUGAAGUUAAAGACCUUCAGAGACAGCAAGACAGGGUCAAGUCUGGGUGUGAGGUUUUCGAUCUUUAUUGACAUACUGAAUACGUUUCUUUUUGUAGCCUACAAAUAAAUAGUUGAAUGUUU